GACGCGCGGCGAUACGGACGCGCCACAAAACCUCUUUUUGGCUACCAAGAAGUUUGUAAAACACAAAAGUUUACCUCCUUCUAUGAAAUUCCGAUGCAAACACGACCAAAUUAUGUUGAAUUUGCAGUGAAUGUGGCUCAGAUUAUAAAGUGACAUGUGUAAUUGGUUAUGAAAUUCGAAAUAGUUUUGUGCAAAAAUAAUGGUGGCCGUUUAAGAGGAUUUUUACGGAUAUCGUGGUGGUGCAGGUGAGAUGUCGCUGGCGGAGGUGACGUCAGCGCGCAGUUCGCCGGCGCGCGACGCGUGCCCCGACUGCGACACCAGCGCCUCUGUCACAUCUGACUUGCAUAAGUACCAAGUCGCCUGCACGUGCAAGCCGUCGUCAGCGCAGUACGCAUGCGCAGACGACCCCGGCCCACCCCCGCCAGCCAAGACCGACACACCACCAGCGCUGCCACCACGUCCGCCUGCCAGCGUCCUUGCUGCCACCAACAGACGGAAUAAUGCCUCAGUGGGAUGCAACGGCAACGACAGCACAUGCCGCCGGCGCAAGUACGCGUGGUGGUGCGUGGGGUGUGGUGCGCUCGCGGCGGCGCUCGGGGGGCUGCUGGCAGCACAGCACAUCCUGCUGCGCGCAUACACAGCAUCGCCGCAGCACUUGGAGACUGUGCCCGCUGCUGUACCUGCUGCUAUGUUGGUGCUGACAGGCGUGUGCAUCAUGAGCUUAGCGCGACGCAGAAACCGUUACAGCUAUAUGGUAAGAAAAAUCAAGGUGGUAGGAGCAUGUUGUCUGGUGUGUGCGCUUACCUGCGUGCUGGUCACCAUCACCACCACAGUCAUCCACAUGAACAAACUGCAGACGCUCAAGUUCUGCGAGUACACGAAGUUAACCCGCACGUGCACCUGCUACACAAUGCCCCCGGACACGCAGCACAGCGGCCAUGACGACGACGGCGUGCGUUGCGUGUUCGAGGGCGUGACGGACUGCGGCGUGGUGCACGGCCCGCUGUACUGGUGCCUGCGCGGAGUGUUCGCACUCAGCGUCAGCGCUGUGCUCGUCUGCAUCUUUAGCUGCAUGCUGGCGUAUCAGCUGCUCAGCCACGAGCGCAAGAAAAUGUACUGGGAGCAGUUGGAACUGCGAUGCAGGUCGCUGUAUAGACCACCUGCCGGGCAACCUGCACAGCCUGCUGGCAGGACGGCGCAGGCAAGCUGCAGUUGUUGCGCGCAGUGUCAUCCUACGCAGCCGGCGUGGGACAUCAGUCUCCAGCACCGUUUCUGGGCGCCGGGUCGUAUUGGAAACCUCUACUCUCCAAACCCGGGCACGGCGCGGAAGAGUUCUGCAUGGAGUUGGUUCCCUUGGCCAAGAACCAACAGUCAAAAUUCCCGCUGCCGUAUGGGCGGAGUGCCUCAGUCAGGCGACAGUGCGUACGGUUUCUGUGAGACGGAAGCCCCCCCGCACGCCCCCCACGCUCCUCACGCCCCCCCCGGAACACUCGCCCCCGCCCAGGGGUACGACGAGCGCUUCGCCGGCUCGUUCCCGCAGCCCUUCCAGAGGUCGACCGCGCAGACCAGCUUCGCUCAGAGUUCUGCCACCUUCCAAGGGCAAGGUUUCGUGCAGAACCAGGGAAAUUUUGCACAGGCGCAAGGGAACUUCCCCCAGGCUGGGUUCACUCAGGAAGGAUUCGGCGAGGCGAGCGGUAGCUUCGACCAGCACACUGGUGUGUGGGGUCCGCCGCCCCCCUACAGCCCACAGGGACGGAGCGGUAGCAGGCAUCAUCUCCAUCAUCAAGACCCUGCGGCGGCCACGCUCCUCCAUCAUCACCAUAUGGACGUCCAUCGCAACUCGGCGGUACACGAACAUGCAAACAUGCCCAUACAACCACACACGUGUACCAGGAACUCAUACCUCGUGCACAACAUGCCGCAAAAUGUCGAUAUGGCUCGCAUGAACCCCGACAGCCGGUUGAACCCAGAGAUGGCUCGGUUGAACCCCGAAAUGGCCCGGAUAAACCCAGAAUUGAGUAGGUUAAACCCCGAUAUGAGGAUGAAUCCGGAAAUGGCGCAUCUCGGCCAGAUGUACCCGGCGGAUGUAAAUGACAUGGCCCGGAUACAGGCUGAGAUGGCCCACUUGCCGCCGGAUGCGAGGUUCAAUACCCUGAGAGGGCAUUUGGUGCCUUACAGAUGCCAGAGACUGGGAAUGAGUGCAAGUAACCUGCAUAGAGACUGUAGGAUGGAUGAGAAUGUGACUAUUGAGUGUUUACACCAAAAGACGGGCAGUAAAGUUUCAGAUCAAAGCAGCGACUCGUGUCAAAAACAGGGGAAGGAGAACCUCGGCUUCCAAAAUGACAAACAUUCACCUAUAAGGGCGUCGAUGCAAGACUGCCGUAACGCGAACAAUAACGCCGAGUCGGAGGUAUACUUCGCGGACGUGUCCAGUUGUUGCAAUGUCUCUGUCAAGGCUGAAUGUUGCAUGAACGCAAACGUGUCUGCGUUGGUGGGGACCAUUGAGAACCACCCAGAGUCGACGUCGGAGUCGGACACGGGCUCGUUCACACUGACGCGGCAGCAGCGGCCGCAGCCACAGGUCGGCUCCAAGCGACGCCCGCGACAGGCCGACAAACAUAUCAAGACGCAGGACAAGAUGCGACAACUCAACUCAUCCGGCCGACUCACCGACCAGAUCGACCACAUCAACAGCUCAAUGCGAAUGACCGAACGAAUAGACCCGAGGAUCGAACGAAUCGAACGAAUGAACGAAACUCGGCUCAGUGAGCGCAGGAGUGACUCGCGUGAUCGCUUAAAUGAGCCCCGUGUGUGUGAGAGGUUUGACAGGAUGAAUGAGUCACGAAUCAGUGAGCGGAUGAGCGAUAAUCGCUUAGAACGAAUGAGCGAUUCUCAUGACAGGUUGAAUGAUUCUAGGAAUUGUGAUUUGAGUGAGCCGAGAAUUGAUCGGUUAAACGAUUCUAGAAUAAGUGAACGUAUGAACGAAGCCAGGUUAAGUGAGCGAAUGGAACGAAUGAACGAGUCGCGCAUUGGCGAUAAAAUAAACGAUUCAAGGUUAAGUGAGCGGAUGGAACGAAUGAACGAAUCUCGUAUUAGUGACAAAUUAAACGAAUCUAGAUUAAGUGAGCGAAUGGAACGUAUGAACGAAUCACGUAUUAGUGACAAAUUAAACGAAUCAAGGUUGAGCGAGCGGAUGGAAAGGAUGAACGAGUCUCGGAUUAGUGACAAAAUGAAUGAUUCGCGUCUGAGUGAACGAAUCGAACGGAUGAACGAGACACGGCUGAACGAGCGGAUGUCGGAACUUAACUCAAGUAUGCGAAUGGAAGGUAGUCCUCGAAGCAGAACACACAUGAGUCCCCUACGAGUGCCUCGCACCAGUCCUAAAGACCAUCCGAGGCCGUCCAACGUGGAGUCUAAGCCAUUCGUCCAGCCUAUUUCGCCGCUGUCUCCUAAAACUGAAGAGUCACUGUUGUCAGAUGAUGACCGGCCAGUAGACCAGGUGUACUCCAACGAUCCGGAGACUUCGAAGUGCCUCGCUCCUGACUCUCAGUACGAGCCUGUGAGGGAAGAGAAGGAAGAGAUAUUGAAAACGAACCACCAUCACUGCUAUAGUGACACAAAUACUAUGGACUCGGGAUGGCAGAGCGGGUCGGAGAAGCAGGUCACUGAUUGAAUUACAUAGCGCUGUAGCUGUGGUUUGGGUUCAUUGGUAUGAAUAUUUGGUGUCAGACCUUGUCUUAUCUUCAGCCUUUCAAUUAUUCCUUAUGGCAGUUUAUGGUCUUCCGUUAUGAACUUCCAUUUUACCAAGCAAUAUUAAAGACAGGUUAAUUCUACUUUGUAAAAGAAUUUAUGAGUCUUCUGGUGCCUCUUACAAGUGCCAAAAUACCUCUAUUAAUGCGCCUGGUAAGUGGCCCUGCUGUCAGCUAUGGCCACAAAAAUGUGUUCCAUUGUAUAACUUAGAAUAUGUAUUAUGUGAGGAAUGUAGAUUGCGUAGGUUUUAUUCUAUUACUGAGAAUCUGUAUCAAUUACCUUUUGAUAUAUUUGUUCAGAUAUACAUAAACAAACGUUAAAAUUAUGUUGGACGCAACGAAUAAAGAAAUAAGGUAGUUUACGGUACCAAUAUUAUUACAUGUAACUUCUCCAAAGUUAUGCCUUCAUAAGAAUUUUACGAAACAAAUGUUUGUGAGUAUCUGAAAAUUUAUAUCUAAGAAAUGAAUACGUUUCCCAUCGCUAGCAAUAACGACAGGAAAAUAUUUCGAAAACUAGGCAUUUUUAAAUGCGAUUUCUUAUGAAAGCAUGUAUAUCUUUCAAAUAAUCUAUAAAGUGUUAGGUUUUUAAAUAAUACUCAUAUAAAAAAGUAAAUAGGGAAAUAUAUUUAAAUGGAGUAUCUGGUCUGCGAAAUUCGAAUUAUUUUUUGUAAUACCAUUUUUUUCGUACCGCUCCAUUUUAGUAUUUCACAUUACUCAUAAAAAAUUGUAUGGACGAUAUAAACAAGAUAUUUUGAAUUUGUUUAUUUCUCGGUAAAUAAAUUUCAAAAUAUAGAUUGACUUGGAAUAUUUUAUUUGGGAAUCCAACGAGUUGUAAUGGUAUACGAAUAUUUCAACAUUAAUUCAAGGGUUUAUCUAUGAAUCAAGUAACUGUAACGGUCGUUUUGGGUUGCAACAAUUCAUAACAUUUGUGGAAGAAAAAAAAAAACACUUCCUAUUAUGAAUAAUGUGAUAAGUUUAACACUUAAAGGUCAUUAUCUAGUAAUUAAAUUCGUUUAUCUUUUUGUUUUCGUUCCCCAAAUAAGGUUCAAUAUCUCUUUAUUCUAUGUUCGGUUUAUAUAUUUUUUGUUUGUCUUGCUAAGUUAUAGUCACGAUGUUCCUCUGUUACUGCUCAUGGAGGCCUAAUAUAGGUGUCAUUAGAGCUACUUUUACAGUGCCAUCCGUGUUUUACUCCGUAUCUUCGGGUUUAGAUGUUGCAUGUCCAGGUUACAGGUUAACGUUGGAUAACUCAAGUUUAACCAGGAAUGCAUUCAACUUUAAAUUGUAGCGUAAUAUCCCUGUGGGUGGAGCCCUAUGUGCAAAAACGGGCUACUAUUUACUGAAGGUGGCAGCUCUAGUUCAUACCCAGAAUCCGCUCUCUUCGGCGGAGACGAUAUCUCCGUCCCUUCUUAGGUGUGAAUGUGUUAGUUCCAAGUAGUUGUAGUUGUAUAAUAAUAUUAAUAUUUUACGUCAAGAUAUUUGCCUCCUCUUAGCCCUUCUAAAACGAUAAAAGUUAAAGGAAACCCUGAGAGGAAGAUGAGCACCUCCAAGGAUCAUCGACGCCUUUAUUAAAAAGUAAUAUGUUGUAUGAGUUUUGAAUGUAUAUGGAGACUUAAAGAAAUACAGCUAUUUAUAAUCUCUGGUCAACACGAAGGAAGUUAUGACGUGUUAAUUUCAGACAUUAAAAACUGGCUUGAACUUAUUCUGCUCAUAAAAUAUGGUAUCAGUUAUACCUAGUUUACCACGUAUGUCAAAUCGUUAUUCGUUUUAUUUGUAGAAAGAGAAACGUCUUAUUUUGAAAAGAUUGAUUGAGUACACUAAUUCGUUGCGACAGAAGAGUACGACGAUUAUAUUUUUUUUUUCUUUGUUUUGCCCUCAUGUACUUAUCUAAAAACUUAAUACUCAAAAUUAUUAACACUAAAUACUCGUAAAAAAUAUUGUAAAUUUGUUGUUAUUAAAUAUGUCUGUCAAUAUUAUUUGUUAUGUUUUGAUAAAUUGGAAAUUAACAAAUAGAUCGCUAUGUAAGGCGGUAAAGCUAAUUAAGAGAUCGCGUGGGCUAUAGUAUCUUGUUGCCGAGAAACAUUAUAGCAACUUCAGCAACUGUCAAUUUAGUAGUGUAGUGUUUUUCGACAAGUCUGCGUGCGACAGCUCUGCGUGACAUCUAAUUGUUAUUGGUAGUUAUUUCGACUAUAAGUAAAUUUUAAAUUCCUCAUUUAAUUCUUAUUCGGACACUGAAAUUUGUUCGUAAUUCGUCUUAUUAAGAUUGAGUUCCUGUUUAGAUUGACACAAUUGUUUAUUCGAUUUUGUAAAUUAAUGUUAAAUCGCUCGCCAUGAUUAUUUUUCUAAUUUAUUUACGUGAUCAUUCGCGUUUUGAUUUUUCUUUUCCGUUUCUAUGUAGAACUCACAGUAUUUUUACAUUACCAAUACUGAAGACAACGCAAAAAAUAAACAAUUAUGAAUUGCUUAGAUAGCACGGAGCUGUUUUAUAGUAAAUCGCGUUAAUCGAGGAAUUGCCGUUUUCUCGCUAAUGUUGCCAUACACAAUAUUAUAAGUUUGCUAUUACCAUAAACAAAUAUUAUUUUUUAAUUCCUCAAUAUACGAAGCAAUAUCGUGUAAAUAUAAAAAAAAUAACCGAUUUUAGUAUGUAAUAAGUUUUAAGUAGUUAUUUACUGUAAUGCAAAAAAGGAAUUGUUUCGCAAAACUGUAUUAUAAAUGUUAGGUUAUACACUUUAUACAAACAAAAGAGUAUAAUUUUAAUGUGAGUACAUUUUAUUAAAUAUUGCGUCUAUUUUGCAGUGGUAUCUUAGCAGAUAAGGUAAUUUAAGAAAUAUUUUUAAAAUGUAUUCAUAUUAUCCAAUUGUCGUUUUAUGUCCAGGCAUACUUAAAAUACUUGUGCAUUUCUUGUAAGUCGGGUUACUAACUAUGGACACAGCCUUUUGAGGAAUUGGUGAGAACGAGACAUUUCUAUUUCUCAAGCAACUUCCGUCAAAUCAAAAUUAAACACCAUGUUUUAAACCAUAGACGUAGAGAAAGGACUGAACAUUAUCUUCAAAUUUGAUCACUCUGUAUAAAAUAUAUUGUGGCCGUGUAACUUUUUGUCUGUAGUGGUGCAGAACUCAAUUGUACUCUCUAUACUCUCACGAGAACUUAAUCACAAUUAACAGUACAGCUGUUGGUCACCAGUUUAUUUUAUCUCUUUUACAUUUUCCUGUCAAUUGACAACGCUAUGUCUAUACUCUUUGUCCAUAUUUAAAACCAGUUAUGUCAGAAAAUAGCGUUUAUACCUUAAUGAUUUGGGUACAGGGACCUUACUCUCUAUGCGUCACGUUAUUUUGAUAGUGCGUAACAAGAACGUAACGCACCGCGUCGCGUUUAAGACAAACAGAAAUUAGAAUACAGAAUAUUAUUCUACGCUAACUUCUCGAAGUUAAUAUAACACGGCCAUGUUAUGAAUUUCCAUUGUCAUAGAGAAUAAGGCCUCAUUACUGUACUCGUUCGACAGGGUUGCCUGUAAGAAUUUUGUAUAUCUGCCUAUCGUGUGAAUGUUGUAGAUUUAGUGUAACAUUGAGAUAAGUUUAUUUUAAUCUUUAAAUAAUAUAAAAUGUUAAAUUUCUCAUUGUAUUUGUUGUGUUUACUUCUUUGAUUUCUUAAAGUCAAUGACGAUUUUAAAAAUGAAUUUUAUUUGCAGAAUUCCUAUUCAAGGAAUAUAUAUGCAAGCAUGUACUUAGCUCCUGAGCGAGACGUGUUCUAAGCUUUUAUGCAUAUUUCUUAUUGAUCAAAUGCGGUAAUAAAAGGUUUAAAUAAUAAUUUCAGGUGAAAUAUGAACGAACCUUUUAAUUUAGUUUCGUCAGCAGACUUCUGUAGUCAAGGAGUUAAACGGAAUUGCGAAUCGUAUUUAUGUGUAAUUUUCCUAAAUAUUAAGGAUUUUAAGUUCUUUUUAUACAUUAUUACACUGUACCUAUACUGUUAGUUUGAUUAAUUGUAAUGGUUCUAUUAAAAAGACUGAAAUCUC